AGAAAGGACGCGUAGAAAGAAGCGCAGGAUGGCGGCUUCAGUGUCACCUGUGCCAAUGGACCAGAACCAUCUAGCGAGGGUUCAGUCCACAGAGAUGCAAUCUUAUGGUCGAUUGUCGUGGGUCGCGAGAGCAUCAGCAGAGUCUCUCAAUACUCACACCACAUCAACUUCUGGACGAGCCCUUCAUCUCGAUGAGGAAAGCGCUUCCAGUGAUGAGAGUGAGGAGCCGGGACCUCUACGGUUGACGCACGUGGUGUCUGCCUAUGUCAUGGGUUGGAGCUCGGCCGUGUCGCAGCGACGCACCUCUGUUCACGAACUGGUGCAGCAAGGGAUGAGCCAGGCCGAGGCCAAUGCCCAGGUGGUGGCGGAACACCGAGAAGAGGUCUUGUUCGACUUGUUCUCCAGGUAUCUUUGCGUCCUUGCAAUGCUUUCUUUGUUACUUAGCGCCACGCUCCUUGGACUUGCUACUUGGCACAUCGAAGAGUUCAUAAGGUACCACAAUGUGGCCUGCGAGGGUUCGCUGAAACUCUUGACGAAGAUAAUUCUGGGCAUUUCGUUCUUCGACAUCGUCAUGGGCACCCGAGUGUGUUGUUUGGAGAUUGACGAAAGUGCUUUACCGCGGCGCUGGAGGUGCAAGGAUUGCUGUGUGGUGUUGCUUCUAUGCGUGAUGGCCGUGAAUGUUUCCGGCGGAUUUUUUUAAAUGAGUUUUUCUUUCAACCAUUUCUUGUCCUUUGGCGAUGAUGCUAGACUGCUAGAUGAUGAGACCUAAUGGCUAAGAACAUGAUUGAAUCACAUUAAACAUAUCGAAAAAAACAUCGAACCCUAAUAGAUCAUAUUUUCACCAGGUCCGUGCUUAAACAAAACAACAUCUUCAACCAGCAAACAUGGGAAUAUCAUGUGAAUAUCAUGGGUAUAUAUGGGGAUGUUUGAUUUGCAGUUAUAUGAUAUAGUAAAACCUGAGUAAAAUCCACCAGGUUUGGAUCCUUUUGUGGCUGGGUACCGCUUCUCAGCAGGGCAAUGUGCACGCGGGCCCCAGCCAAGAGCUGCCAAGUUGCCGGGAUGCAGCACCUGGGCUGUGGGUGGCUACAGUGGCGCAUGGAGUUGGCUUGGUCACCUACACGGUGUAUCUGAUGGUGAGCUUCGUGGGCGUUGGAAACAUGUUGCAUGGCCUUUUGAGACGUGGCAUGUUGCGAAGUCGCGAUGCGGCACCUGUGGGCUCCUUGGAGGAUAACACGGUGCCAGCCAUAGAGAUUGAUGAGGACUACGAAUGUCCUAUCUGCCUGGAAGAGAUCGAUGAAGAGGCCGGGGUCAUGACUAAAGAUUGUCAUCACAUCUUUCAUCGCGAGUGUUUGAAACACUGGCUCCAAGUGAACAGCACUUGUCCCUUGUGUCGGCUGAGCCUAGCCAGGCAUUAAUGCCUGGCGUUAAUUCAAAAGCUAGGCAGCUAAUGAUGCCAAUGUUCCGCCCGACCAACAGCACUUGUGAUCCAAGCACUCACCGAGUGGCCUUGUUGCGAUG